AUGCUAGCUCCCCAAAAUCUCGGCACGACCAACAUUCCCAACACGAUCAACUGGCGGUCCAUGACUGCCAACAUCGUAGACGCCUCAAUUGGUCAAGCUCUUGCUGCUGUCGAGUCUGCCGAACCCGAACUAAGCUCAUACCUCAAGUCCAAUGCCUCUGCCCUCACCAGAGACCGCGCCGGUGCCUACGACAAUGUCCUUAUUGCCAGCCAGGACGCUGCAGAUGCCACUAGAAGAGCCAUCGAAGAAUUGGAGAAGGAAAAGGUAGACGAGGGCGACAACAGAAUGCAAGAUUUGCGCAUCACCAGUCUUGCGGUCAACUACGCGCUUGUCAGCUGGCGUGUGGGCAGAAAUCGUGUUCUCAUUGGAUCCGAAGAUGGCAGACUGUUUGAAGAAAAGAAGACCAAAUCCAGCAAACGCACUCGUGACCAGCACAAGUCGGAGCCCAGAGGAAGCCAACUUGCUCGUCUGCGCGAGAGAGUUGUGCUUUACGAUUCGACUAUUCAAAGCAUUGACUCCAUCAAGGAGUUGAGAGGUGCCAUGAGAGACGAGAGCUUUGUGCGUGAGGUGGACGGCAAGCGUGCCUACUUCCAGGCUCUGAGAUGCCUCAACAUUGCAGUCUCGCACGCUCUCUUGUCGGAGCAUGUCAACGCUCUUGCUCUUCUAGCCCGCGCACUUGAACUUGCAAAGCAAUGCGCGAGCUCAUUACCAUUGACUUCAUCCGACUCAAACUCUGCGCCUACCCUCGACAUCCACAAGUCUCAAGCCGAUGCACUUCAGACUCAGCUCCAGCAACUCGUGUACAGACAUCAAGCACUGGUGGACCUGCACAAGUUCCACGACAAUACAUCGAUCGCAGCAGCCAAGCACAUGUCCACAGCUGCCCCUCUUGUCCAACGCCUCAGCGACUUCCCCACACCAGGCGUCAAUGUCAAUCUCAAAAACCUGGUCACUUAUCCUCCCAAGAUCGAGCCGAUCCCUGUCAAACCAUUAUUCUUUGACGUCGCAUGGAACUACAUUGAUUAUCCGACCAUGGGCAAGCAAGUGGUGGAAGCAAAGGCGGCUGUGAGCAACGUGAUAGCCGAAGAGAAGCCCAAGGAGGAAAAGAAAAAGGGCUGGUUUGGAUUUGGACGAUGA